AAGCCAGGCGUGGACAAAUCAUGUCAUGACCAUCAACGAUUACAGGAACCAGACAGCUAACAUUGUUGCCUUUGAUGAAUCCAAGCCAAAUCAAGACUACCAACUGUGGUUCCAUCAGGACGAGGGUUACAUAGUAGCUAAGGCUACUGACAACAUGGCCAUGGCUCUGGAGGGCGACGCCAUAGGACCUGAUGUGAACAUCAUCAAUACCCCGAGGGUUCCGAAUAAUGACUAUCAGAAGUGGCGCAUUGUGAAGCAUGGCGGGACUUUGGUGUCCAUUUCCCCAAAGCUUGACAACAGUUAUGCCAUGACACUCAAGGAUGGCAGCAACAGGCCAGGAACCGAAGUGGUUCUGACAAAAAUCGAAAAUAAUAUUCCCACUGGAAAACAACUGUGGAAAUUCACUCAAUAGAUCACUUAACAUGCACUCCAUGUGAUGAUUAUCAACAAUCACAUAAUUGCACGUUUUGUGCCAUCAUCCAUAUCCAAUAUUAGUGAUAUAUACAGCUGGGGGGCAUUGCUUCUUCUAUAGACGCACUUUCAUAGUAUACAUAAGGCCACAGCAGAGUAGAUUUUAUGGAUGACAUCCUCUGAAGACAACAAA